GACACUCCCUCUGCAAUGAAAUGGAAAACCCUUCUGGAUACUGCCCCAAUUUCUGUGAAAAUUGUUGCUUUACACAUGUAACAUGGGCUUCAUCGAGGAGGAAUGGACUGAAGUUGCACGUCAACAUUGAUGUAUGCUUUUGUGUCAUCGUCAAUCUGUUCGGAUAGUACACAUGUUCUUUGCAUUUUGAUAGUUGAGUGAUUCGGUACCAGUUGUCUGGUAGCAAUUUUCACUUAAAAAACUCCAGUUCCAGGCUAUACUCGCUUGGACACGAUAGGUGUCAUAGGACCCUCUAUUUUUUUACUUUUUUUUUGUUGGGGGCGGCAAAAUUGGUUCCUCGACUCCGCAACAUGAGCUAACAAGCAAGAAUUGCACGUUUCUUGCUCUAAAUCUUUCACUGGGGAAGAGAGUUAAAGGUGCUGACCCUGGCGUGGGGAGGUAGAAUGCAUAAGUCAAGGGGCUACCGUCUCUUUCUCCGCGUGAUUCGAGAUUAUUGUAUUUUCAAUGCAUUCCGAAUGACCAACUCCGUUGUUAACGAAACUCGGUCAGGACUAAUUAAUAAACCCAAGCUGAAAGGUGGUGCGAGAGGUCAACCCUUCAGAAUUAACCCGGAUGAUAGGCAAGAGACGACUCUACACCAUUUCUCAUUGGCGUUAGAAGUAGGUAUUCACCAAGAAUAUUCUUUCGGCACCCAGGAAACAGAUAUCAAAUGGUGUGGUUGCGAAAACGUUCUUUUCCUCCAUUUGAGAAAAGGGGAGGUUUUGGAAGACGAUGUCACACAGUGUAUGACUUUUGUUGGAAUGACAGACAAGAUCCUCUUUGCAUUACAUUUCCAAUUCACAUGUCCUAGGGAAUACCAAUGAAGCCUCAUCAUCAUCAGCGACCCCCACCGCCCACUCCUCCUCCCUCUAAGCAUGCAAAAGAAAAGAAGCUUUGGUUGAGCAUUUAAAAAUGAAUAAUGUGACAGAUGACGGGCAAAAUGUAAACUUGACAGGCUGCAACUAACGCCCAGGAUCAGACACAUGUGGCCCAAUCCUAUGUGCGAAGUAAACUUCCACUGCUAAUAUUAUAUCUCAAAUGGAGCUUUAGUCAAUCUCUCUCUCUCUCUCUCUCUCUCUCUCUCUCUCUCUCUCUCUCUCUGAAUCUAGUAUAUAAAAUAUGGGCGAAAUGGGUGUCGUUGUUUGUGCGAAUACUUCUCUUUAACAGGCCCUCGAGCAUAGCAUUCAUUUCACCUUUUUUCCUGUGAAAGAAGAGAGACUUGGCCAUACGCAUUAGCAAAGUCUUGAAUGGUGGGAACCAUCGAUACCUUCAUGCGUUUUUCCUGUUCCAUUCUAUUCCUCCAGAACGAGAUAGCGCGUGCCUCGCACACGCCCUCCUCCUCCUCUCCUUCCACCUUUGGCUCCUGCAAACAAGUUUGGGACUAUCGCUGCCUUGGCCUCGACCCAUCUAUGUGAACUUCCGAUAUUUCUUCCCCCACAGGCGGAAGAAGUCCAAGUCUGUGCUGUUUUCUUCGGUUAUUGCAUAAUCCUGUGAGACAUCCAUGGAUAAAAGGCAAGAAAAGAUGAAGAGGAAUAUGUCUGAGAAGUCACUGCAGAUGCAAAGGCAUAAGAAGAAGACUAGUAGUGAUGAUCAGAGCACAAAUAAGAACAGGUUUCUGGUAACUGUCAAUGUCCUUGGAAGUGCAGGACCAAUAAGGUUUGUGGUGAAGGAGGAUGAUCUGGUCUCAGCGGUGAUUCAGACUUCCUUGAAGACUUACGCCCGUGGAGGCCGUCUUCCGGUUCUCGGCACCGAUGUCAACAACUUUGUUCUCCAUGGUGCUGCAGAUUCAGAUGGGUCUGCCUUGAACCCAUCGGAAGCCAUAGGAUCUCAGGGAGGAAGGAAUUUCGUGCUGUGCAAGAAGCAGCUUCAGCCACAGAUGACGGAAGCCAGAUCCGAGAUGAUAUCGCGCAAGAGAAGCGGGAGUUGGAAGGCAUGGCUCAAUAAGAGCUUUAGUUUCAAAAUACUAUCCCAUUGAGAUGGCUCUGUCUUGUAUGUCCUAAGCCCCUCAUACAUAUCGUCUUAAACUUAAAUCAUUAUGUUCCCGCAAUCAUCGACAAAUUAAUCACUAACGUCCUAAUGUCAUCGGCGGCGGAGGGACAUGAACUGUUAGGAAAGCGCAUCUCACUUUCAAGCUUGUAAUUGAUGUGGACACCAUAUAUGGCAUGUAUGUUUGCUUUU